AGUGGGGCAUUGUCUUAGCAUGACUCAUAACUCUGGUGAGGUGGAGGAAAGAUGUGUUCUUAUCCCUAAGUGUGAAGGUGAUGGAUCUCAAACAUCGUUGUGUGCAACUAAACAAUGGUCGCUUCAUUCCUGUACUGGGACUUGGCACCUAUGCACCAGAAGAGGUUCCCAAGAGUGAGGCGGAACAGGCCACCAAGACAGCAAUUGAUGCUGGGUAUCGCCAUAUUGAUGCUGCGCAUGUGUUUGAAAAUGAAGAGGAGGUUGGACAGGCCAUCCGGAGCAAGAUUGCAGAUGGCACAGUGAAGAGGGAAGACAUAUUCUACACUUCAAAGCUUUGGAUCACUUUCCUUCGACCAGAGUUGGUCCGACCAGCCUUGGAAAGCUCCCUGAAGAAACUUCAGCUGGACUAUGUCGACCUCUACAUUAUUCAUUUCCCAACAGCUCUGAAGCCUGGGAAGGAUCUUUGGCCAAAAGAUGAACAUGGAAAAUGCAUAUUCGACACAGUGGAUCUCCAUGCCACGUGGGAGGCCCUGGAGAAGUGUAAGGACGCGGGAUUGACCAAGUCCAUCGGCGUGUCCAACUUCAACCACAAGCAGCUGGAGAGGAUCCUGAACAAGCCAGGGCUCAAGUACAAGCCCGUCUGCAACCAGGUAGAAUGCCACCCUUAUCUCAACCAGAGAAAGCUGUUGGACUUCUGCAAGUCAAAAGAUAUUGUGCUUGUGGCCUACAGUGCUCUGGGAUCCCAUCGAGAUAAAAAGUGGGUGGACCAGAAGGCACCUGUUCUCUUGGAUGAGCCAGUGAUUUAUGACAUCGCCAAAAAGCACAAGCCCACCCCAGCCCUGAUUGCCCUUCGCUACCAGAUACAGCGUGGGGCCGUGAUCCUGGCCAAGAGUUUCAUUGAGUGA